UACUCCCUUUAUUUUCCUUUUUUAAUCUGUUGGCAGACGAAGAAAAUAUUUAAUCUCGAUUUUGAUUUUCGCGGUUGCCUGAAUUCUCGCUUUAAAUUUUCCCGCCAAGCACAAAAUCCGCUAUAAAUUGUAGAUUUAACGUUCAGCUUGCUGCUUAGCUUUCGUCCAGUUUUCAAAUUCUAGGGUUCCGUAUAUCAGUGUUCCAAAUCCACCCCCAAAUUCGCGGUGUUUGAAGCUGAACUCGCCGUCGACAAACCAUGAGCGCCGUCAACUUGAAAGACGUCACCGUUUUGGCCAAUCCGGCUCCCUUCGUUGACCCCUUCCAAUUCGAGAUUUCGUACGAAUGUUUGACUCCCCUUGAAGACGAUCUGGAGUGGAAGCUCAUCUACGUUGGAUCAGCUGAGGAUGAAACAUACGACCAAGUCCUAGAAAGCGUGCUUGUUGGACCUGUUAAUGUUGGUAAUUACCGUUUUGUAUUUCAGGCUGAUUCACCGGACCCAUCAAAAAUUCAAGAGGAAGAUAUUAUUGGAGUCACUGUGCUACUGCUGACUUGCUCAUAUCAGGGUCAAGAAUUUGUUAGAGUAGGAUACUAUGUGAACAAUGACUACGAGGACGAGCAGCUAAAAGCAGAGCCACCUCAGAAGGUUCUAAUCGAUAAAGUCCAAAGAAACAUCUUAGCAGAUAAACCUAGAGUUACGAAGUUCCCAAUCAAUUUCUGUCCAGAAAAGAAUGAAAAUGAUGAACAGCAGCAGCCUUGUCCUUCACCGGAGCAUGUUGCAGAAACCAGCAAGCAGGGAGACGAGCCGCUAUCCAACCAGUCUUCCAUCGAGUGCUCUUGAACCUAGUCAGAAGUGAUAAGAUCUCGCAGUUAUUUUCUGUCAACUGUUUGCAAGGAAACUAUAUCGUAUGAGCAUUCAGAAGUUGAAGAAAUUUUGCCAUAUGAGCGCCUGUUUAAUUUGGAAGAACAUGUUUUAUUCUGUAGAAGUGAAAUAGAUUGAAUUUGUUUAAACAAUUUGUCAAUAGUGAAGAACAAGCUCUUACAUUUA